GCGGAAGUAACGUCCUGCAGCCUUCUGAAGCUGGCGGAAGUGUUGAUGAGCCAAGCCGGAAGUGUCGAGUACUUGUGUCCGUGCGGAGAAUGGAGGAGGAGAGUCUGGAGGCCCGAAUCAACCGGGCCACAAACCCUCUGAACAAGGAACUGGACUGGGAAGGAGUACAGGCCUUCUGUGAUCAGCUGAACCAUGAGCUUGAAGGGCCGCAGCUCGCAACCAGACUACUGGCGCACAAGAUUCAGUCCCCGCAGGAGUGGGAGGCGAUGCAAGCUCUGACGGUACUAGAGGCCUGCAUGAAAAACUGUGGCAAACGUUUCCACAGUGAGGUUGGAAAGUUCCGGUUCCUCAAUGAACUAAUAAAAGUAGUUUCCCCUAAGUACUUAGGUACGCGCUCCCCAGAAAAGGUGAAGCUAAAGAUCUUGGAGUUGUUAUACAGCUGGACGCUGGGCCUUCCCGGUGAGGUGAAGAUUGCUGAGGCCUAUCAGAUGCUGAAAAAACAAGGCAUACUAAAGGAAGACCCCAAGCUGCCUCCAGACGCCAUGAUACCACCACCCCCUCCUAGGCCUAAGAACGCCAUCUUUGAUGAUGACGAGAAGUCCAAGAUGUUGGCUCGUCUCCUGAAGAGCACCCACCCAGAAGACCUCAGAGCUGCUAACAAACUCAUUAAAGAAAUGGUCCAAGAGGACCAAAAGCGUAUGGAGAAGAUCUCUAAGCGAGUAAAUGCUAUUGAAGAGGUGAAUAACAAUGUCAGGCUGUUAGGUGAGAUGCUGGCCACAUACAAGGCAGGGCAGACAUCAGAGGGGAGCGAAGAUCUGAUGAAGGAGCUGUAUCAGCGCUGUGAGAAAAUGAGGCCGACGCUCUUCCGCCUCGCUAGCGAUACUGAGGAUAAUGAUGAGGCCCUAGCGGAAAUCCUGCAAGCCAAUGACAGUCUGACUCAGGUUAUCAACACAUAUCGGCAGGUGGUGCGAGGCGAGGAGAUUAAUGGCGAGACUGCAUCCUCGAAUAUGCCAGCCAGCUCCUCCGCUUUGCUGGAUCUGUCCGGGCUGGACAUGACAGCACCGGCAGCCCCCUCGUACCCGUCUGUCCCAGCACUGCCUCUUCAGUCCUCCCUCAGCUCCUCUGCACAGUUUCCUACGUCUGUCUCCCUGCUGGACGAUGAGCUCAUGUCUCUGGGUUUAAAUGACCCUGUUCCCCUUGCCGCGCCGCCUGCAGAGUCAUCUGCUUGGAACAGCUUCCAGUCCUCAGAGAGCAUCGAGUCUGAAGUGCAUGAGAAGCAGCCAGCACCCACCACAGCCCAGCCGCAGGGGAGCCGCGCUCUGGAAGAUCUGGAUGUUCUAGGGAAGACUCUUCUGCAGCAGUCUCUACCUCCCAACGCCAUGCACGUGCUAUGGGAAAAACCUCAACAGAAGCUCACCCUGCGGGACCUUCAGAGUAAAGCUGCCCCUGCUGCUUCUGCCCCACAGCCAUUAACUAGUCUUGUGACUCCUCAUCCGAUUGUUGUGGAACAACCGCCCCCCCCAAAAGCAGAAGUCUCCUUAGCGAACAUCCAUGUGCCUCUGGAGUCCAUCAAACCAAGUAGUAUCCUUCCGGUAACUGUGUACGACCAGCGCAGUUUUCGGGUUCUCUUUCACUUUGCUCAGGAUGCCCCCCCUGGGCGGCCGGAUGUCCUCGUUGUUAUCAUCUCCAUGUUAAGUACGGCCCACAUUCCUGUCUCCGGGAUCAGCUUCCAGGCAGCUGUACCCAAGGUGAUGAAAGUAAAGCUGCAGCCGGCAUCUGGUAGUGAGCUGCCGGCAUUCAAUCCUAUUCUGCCUCCAUCUGCUGUAUCUCAAGUGCUGCUACUCGCAAAUCCGACCCAGGAGAAGGUUCGCCUACGAUACAGACUUACCUACACCCAGGGCGACCAAAACUUUGAUGAGAUGGGAGAUGUGGAAGAUUUCCCUCCUGUGGAGAAAUGGGGGCAUCUCUAGGGCAUCUCAAGACGGCAUGGAAGGAAAGGCAGAAACUUUGCAGGCAAUGAGGAAGUUGCCCACAUACGUCAGAGUUAGGCAAGUGCAGGAGCGCAGGGACUGGAUCUCCAGAACUACACAGUUAUGUGGCUGCUCCCUACUAUUGAUAUGGAUUAUCAAUUGGAGGCACAUCGGAAUAUGGAGGGGACCCUACAGACCACACUUCUUUGGUUUUAACUUUUUUAUUUUUUCCCCCCUUGGUGUUUAAUAAUCAUAUCUUUUGCUGGAGAGGCCUACGACUUUAUGGGGUUAAAUCAGAAAUGUUUCCUUGCUCUUAGAAACCAUGAGGACUCUGUUACUGAUUAUUGCCUCAGAAAAAGGACCUUACCAAAUAUUAUACUGGGCCUUUGCUGCUAUCACACAGCAACAUCCCACUCAGAUUCCAUCUUCCCCUCUCUGCUCUGUGCAGCAUCACUGAAUUCCUCCGCUAGUAAACACACGUUCUCUUGGUGUUGCACAGAAUCCUGCGCUUAUGUGAGAGCGCUAGAAGAUUCUGCCAUUAACACCGUCUAGGAAAACACUUUGCUUCCUUAUUAAUAUACAGUGCUGUGCCAUAACAAUUCUGCCUUACCCCUCUGUACAACACAACGUACGGCAAGCUCUGCAUUAUGUGCAAGAAUAGCACCUUGUAUUAGAGCAGUUGCGCUGAUUCAUUUUCUCACUUUUUACAGAUAUCACCCCCCCUCGUGUUGAAACGGCUUCCUGUGUUAAUUCCACUCUUUGCAACCAUAAUUCUGUGAUGUCCGUUUCCAUCGCUGUGUGCACACACCAUAUCCUUUUGUAGAUCCAGCUUCUCCCAGCACUUUAAAGGGACGACAUGUAAAUUAUUCCUCCCUUAAUAUGUUUCUAAUGAUUUGUUAUAACAGCUGUAGAAUAUUAAAUACACUGGAAAUAA